CGACGACAGUAAUAAUAAAUAAGCAAAGCACUCUGGGUGCAGCAAUCCUUUGCCUUUAAGGAGUUUCGACGGAAGUCCCGGCGUAUGCAACCUGAUGCCGCACUGCGAGGGAGUACUUGCGAACAGGACCACCGUGAAGCCGGAGCGCGAGUUUGCCCGGGACACAUCUGGAGUGGAGCGCGGCCCGGGGCGGUGCGCGAGCAGCAUGUGAGCGCGGAUCCGUCGGGAAAACUCGCAUCGGGACACGCUCAUUCCGUCGCCGCGCUCUCUCUGUCUCCUUUGUGCAGAUACAGCGCAACAACUUGCAUUCAAUUCCCUGUUGUCCUUUCCAUCUGUCUCAAGCCAAUGGAACCCGUCACGAAGUGGACCCCGAAGCAAGUGGUGGAGUGGAUUAAAGGAUUGGAUGAUUGCCUACAAUGCUAUGUUCACAAUUUUGAACGGGAGAAAAUAAAUGGUGAGCAGCUUCUCCAGAUUACUCAUCAGGAUCUUGAAGAAUUGAGAGUUACACGCAUUGGUCACCAGGAACUAAUCCUAGAGGCUGUGGAUCUACUUUGUGCUUUGAAUUUUGGAUUGGAAACAGAAAGUAUGAAGAAUUUGGCCCUGAAAUUACGGAUUACAACAAGUGGCCUCCAGAAUUUUAUCAGCGCAAGAAGAAAAGGUGUUACUUAUGAUGGUGCAACUUCGCGCAAACCUCCUAAUGAAUUCCUUACCUCAGUUGUGGACCUCAUUGCUGCUGCUAAGGCUUUGUUGGCUUGGCUGGACAGAUCACCAUUUACAGGGAUCAGUGAUUACUCAAUAAUGAAAAACAAGAUUAUACAGCUGUGCUUGGAUUUGACAACCAUUGUUCAACAGGACUUCACUGUUUUUGAAAUGGAAGAUCGUGUUAUUAAUGUUUGUAAAGUUCUUCAUGGUAUUUGUGAUCAAACAAUUAGAUCAACUUCAGAUCCAUUAUUAAGCCAGAGUGCUUGUCUAGAGGAAGUUCAGUUGGUAAACAUCAAACCAAAUGAAGGAUUGGGCAUGUAUAUUAAAUCAACCUAUGAUGGAUUACACAUUGUAACUGGCACAACUGAAAAUUCACCUGCUGAUAGAACAAGGAAGAUUCAUGCUGGUGAUGAGGUGAUUCAGGUGAACCAGCAGACUGUUGUUGGAUGGCAGUUAAAAAAUCUUGUUGGAAAACUUCGUGAAGACCCUGCUGGUGUGAUGCUUUUGCUGAAAAAAAGGCCAGCAAGCACAUGCAACAUUACUCCAGCUCCUCUGAAGAAUAUGCGCUGGAAGCCACCAGCUGUGCAGAUCAGUCCUUCGCAGACUGCAACUCCAUCAACAGCCAGCACAAUGGAGAUAUCUCAAAAGAAAGAAAAGCCUCCCAUUAAGGAUCUAUACAUCCCACCACCGCCAGUCGUUCCAUAUACUCCUCGGGAUGACCAAGGGAACCUCGAUUACGAAGAGGUCAGCAAGCAUGGACCGAUCAGGCCGGUUCCCAAGGGGUCCGAGUCGCCCAACUCUUUCUUGGAUCAAGAAUACCUGAGACGGCGGUUUACCAUUGCAGAUUAUGAUCAGUUACCUCCAUAUAAAUUUGAAGUGCCAAUGCCCAGUAGAAUGCGGGACAAAACACAGUUGUAUGGAAGACCUCGACCUCUGUCGAUGCCUGUGGGCAAGAGUUGGAUGGGUGAAGUCAAGGUUUGUCCAAGAUCCCGAAUGGAAGGAAGGAAAGACAAGGACUACCUCUACAGGUACUUCAGCAAUGAUAGAAUCCCACCAAUGAAUGAAGAUAGUGUUGCAACACCCAUUUCUGGACCAAUAGCUGCCAACCACUCCGGAAGAGCUGUGAGUGGGAAAGAUUAUGUUGGCCCUGAACAUCUCACAAGUGUGACAUUUCCUAUUCAGCAAGAAGGGCCCAAAAAAACCUUCAAUUCACCAAGACAAAACUCACCAGAACAUUCAUCACGUGUCAGUUGGAUUACAAGAUUUAAAUUAUUAACUCACUGAGAUUUUUACCUAGUCAUUUCAACUUGUGUCCAAGGGCAAUACACAAAGCUACGUAUUUCAUGUAAAAAUUGAGGAAGAUGUGGAAGUACUUACCAUAUUUUUGCAUUAAAUCUAAACAAUCAUUUGAAUGGUGCCUUACACUGUCUAAAUGGUUACAAUUGCAGUCUGGUUUUCACCAUUUACUCCAAAAUCUCCCGGUAAUAAAUGUAGUCAGAUUGUACAAAUGCUUUGUUCAUCUGGUACCUUAAGAGUUUGUUACAGAGUGAAUGCAUUGAACUGUGCAAUGGCAUGAGAAGGUAUGCAUCAACCCUCCCAAAUUAGGUUCAGACUAAGUUAUGGCUACAUAUUCAUUCUUGAAUCAUUAGCAGAAUUUAAAAUGAAUUAUGUUAAUAGAACUAAAAGGACAUCACAGAGUGUUACCUACAUGAAAUUGUAGUGAAAAUUCUGAUGUUACUGGGCAUGUAACCCAUUUUAUGUACAUGGUUAUAUACAUUUAGUCACCUUUCUGAGGCUUGGUUGGUCCUUGGAAAGUUGGUGUCCAGCCUCAUGUACACAUACCAAAGAGAGCUAGGGGUCUUGGUGAAUAGGCAUACACACGCCUGUUCACAAAACAAAUAAUAAAGGCAAAUUUUCUGUACCCAGAACCUGACCAGUCAUGUCAUCAACCCUCCAGGUAUGAAACUUGUCCAAAGUAGUUUACUGUAAAAAGCUAUGCAUAUUCCCAUCAAUUUCCUGGUUUGACAUUGUGAUGUAUUGAACAGCUGAAGAAAUUAUGCAAUCUAGCAUCAAAAUGCUGUAGCCUGAUAGGACCAAUCCACAGAUAUAUUGAUGUAAGGCCUUCCCAAGCAACUGAGAUGGCCACCAUGCUCAAGAAAGUGAUGGUUGUUAAUGUUACUUGUGUCUUUGAAGCUUAUAGUAACCGAAGGAGCCACUGUGAAUGAUUCCUUUGAAACUAAUGACUGGUGGCUUAGAAUCUUUUCCAAACCCUGCAUAGUUGGAAAAACUUACCACAUCAUUUAUAAUACCUUCACAAGAGGUGGUGACUGUUAAAUGCAAAUUGUAGUUUGAGAUUGCUGCAUGUGUCAUGUGCUUUCAUUUAACUGGCAAUUACUUAAGUACAUUUCAUACCAUGAGAUGCCAGGAGCAAGUAUUAUUAGAUACAUUUUGUGGUACCUGGCAAUUGUUGUAUUCCACUUCAUUCCCUCAUUUCGUCACUUCUUUAGUGUUGGCAAUAUUUGGAUGUUCCCAGUACAGUUGCAUUUGGGUAAAAAUUGUCUGAUUUCUCCUUGUUUAAUAUGUUUCCACAUGCAUAUCGAAACUAUUCUAGAGGUCAGUACCAAUUUAAAAUUGGAAUUAUUUUACUUUUAGAUUCAAGUAUUUUUCAUUUUGUCAUUAUCCAAAUUUAGUUAUUACUGAGCUGUUUUUAUUUGCUGUUUUUGCUUCUCCACCUCUUCAAUCAUCCUGCCUUCUGUAGGUUUUGUAGAAGACUAAUGCUUGGAUGUGUGAUCGGGGCACUGUGAAGUUUUUUUUUGAUUGGCUAAAAGUACCUGAAGAACUUUGAUCAUGGAAAUUCCAUAUUCACAUUUCAGUUCCUUACUGAUUGUCCUGAGUUGUGCUCGUUCCCAGCCUUUAAAGACGGCAAUCAAAAUAUAGCUCUAAGGAAUACAUUUUGAUGCAUGAUUUAUUUAAGGCAUUAUUUUAUUUAAUAUGUUUAAGUUUCUCUCCGAUAUAUAAAAAUAAGCAAGAUAAAAUUUGAAAUAGCUACUUCAAUGACAAAUUUGGACUGUAUAAAUGUUUUAAAAAUUAAGCCAUUUGUUAUAACCAAAGUUUUGGGCAUAUUUACUGAAUGUAUGGAACUUAUUAAUCUAAUUAAGCCAGUGAGUUUAGAUUUACAAUUUUUGCAGCUGACAGUAAGCUUCCUGUAUUUUUUUUUAAUAUACAGUGUACUGAAAAGAGGCACCCAUAUAAUAUGAAUCAUUUAAGGGCUGUGGUGACCUGUAAUAGUGACUAACAAGGUUGCAAGCUUAAAGAAUUAAGUCUCAAGAUGCUUUUCUGAAAUGGGACGCAAAGCUGCAUUGGCAGUUUUUUUGCCAAAUAGACAAUUAUGCACCUGGAGUACUGGAUUUUAUGAAUUUGCAGCUAUUCAGACUUUAAUAGAGUAUUUAAUUAUAUGAAAUAUUUUAAGGUUCUGGAUUUUUGCUUGUAUUAAUGCACAAUAUUCAAAACUUCUAAUUUGUUUAUCAUUGUAUAAAUAUUCUGUAAAACAUGUAAUGAUAGAAACACUGAGUCCAUGAUAUCCCCAAUUGUUUAAAUUAGCAGAAUUUGCACAGAAAAGACGUGCCAGUAUUUUUAUGCAGAUUUUCUGGUUGUCUAAUGUUUUUACAUAAACCUCAAUAGUUUAUAGAUAGGAGAGGUUUGUUAUUGCUAUCUCGGGGAGCUGAUAUCUAUGCACAUUUUUGAGUUUAGGUAAAAAGAUUACUGAGUUUACUAUUUGAAAUGUGUUGAAAUGAUAACAAAUUUCAUUGUAAAUAACCACCAUGACUGCCUUCACCUUUGUUUAAAACAUGGUGUUAAAACUUGCAGGUCUAUUAAAGAUGCAACA